AUCCGUAAGAAUUGCACCGUUUCAGAUAUAAGUACGAGAGCUAGUGGGCUUCCCAGGUGUUUUCCACUGGGUUUCCGUAAGACUUCCAAGUCCGUCACGGUGUUACCGGCAUUCCAAAGUGGCAUGUACUUGCAUGCCACUUUGCAAGUGCCACGGUGACUUGCACAGCCUCAUAUACCGCUCUCUGAGCCAACUUUGCUUCCUGUCUUUUUGUGCAAUAGCUUUGCCACUUCCCAGCAUCACGAUUUAUAUCCUUGAGUCCCCAUCAUGAUUGAACCGAAGAUCUUUGAUCAGAAUGACGAACACUUUGAUGCAUCGGAGCCGGCAAAGACCCAUCUUUUACAUCCGCCACAGCCGCUGCGAAUCAACACCAAUACAAUAACGGACAUGAAACGCGUUCUGCGUGAGCGUACCAACUUGAACACUCCAGUUGCACUCAAGGGCGCCAUCUCUCCAGAUAUAUCAGCUAACGUAUACCACACACCUAAUUCCAGCCGCGCAUGUGGCAGGCCGAGUCCCACCAUGAAGCCUGGCCGCUUCAACAAGGCUACGUCCAUCUGUGGAUCCUCUACAGACUCAUUACGUCGCCAACGGCGUUACUCUGUAGCAGAACAGGCCUUGGAGUAUGCGCUUAAGAAUUGCACAAGCGAACGGUCACCUCGAGAACUUCAGAUUCUUGCUUUGGAAAAAGCGACGGCUGCGUUGAGUACACGUGCGAAUGAAUCCAGGGACCGUGCUGCCAAGUUAAGGGCUUGUCUCGCGGAUAGAGCGGUCGAUCCCAAGAGCUAUGCUGCCCUGCAAUCAGAUCGCUGGAUGGCGGAACGACGGCAGUCUGCAGCAGACCGCGAGGUUCGCCAAAUGAGUCAUCAUUUAGCUUUACUCAAGUUGAAAAGGGGUGCACCGGAGCAAGGAAGGUUUGACGAGAAUCUUCCAGUUACACCCCUCGACAACGAGGCAAGGCGCCGGGCUAAUCUUGUUAGAUUUUUCGAACGAUCCCCCACGAGGACAUCAUUACACACACACCAUAAGUGCAGGCCUCUUUUCGUCGACUGCACCUUCUCACGCCGGAUAACCAUGAGCGACAUUUCACCCCUUCGACUCCGCCCGUCGACCAGUGCCACUCGGAGGUUUACAACACAGCAUGCCCGUCCAAAAUCAAUUGGCAAUGAACCACCUGCUCCUUUCAGACGCUCUGGCAAACCACGGCUCGCAAGCGGGCCAUCUAGACCCUCCAUGCUGGUCAGAAAUAUGGGUCCUUCCAAUGCGGAAUAUUCUUCUACAUCUUUGUCACAGUCAUCGACCCCUUCAUCUCGCUUGCUGCCAUUUAAUGACCAAACUGAUGACGUGAUGACUUCCACACGGCCAUCGACUCCUCCAUUAUCCAUUGCAUCCACGUCUUCAAAUGGGGCAUCACAUGUAUCACGUGUGCCAUUGGAGACGCCACAACAAGCGCCUUCGGGCGGCGUGGCAACAAUCUACGCUAGUUCCUCGCCACGCUCGCAUACGGAGAUCCUUGCAGACCUAGACAGGGACUCGGUCCGCGUGCCUGAGUACGCUGUGAACCUAUUAGAAGGGUUCGAUCUCAUUCACCACGACAUUACUCUUCCAGAGAGAAGUAUAUCGUUAAAGCCGAGGGAGGAGGAGCCAGAAACAGGGGUACCCCGUCCAUCGGAAGAAUCGGACACGGGGCCUUAUACCUCAUUCGCUCUCCCUCCGUUCCAACCGGAGCCAUUGUGGUCCCACACAUCACUGAAUACGCCUUCUACGCCGCGGUCGCACGUACAAACGCUGCACCCUCUUUCUUCUGGCUCCUCAACGCCCUCGGGCUUGAGUACGCCGACGGCGACGCGACCCCCUGCGCCGCCCUCACGGCCACACUCACUCCUGUUCCUCAUGCGGAAGCGCAAGGACUUACAAUACAGCCCAGCAUCAUCGGUGACGAACCUAGACGGGGACAGUGCGCGGGGGUCGAAGCGGCGAUUUUCGCUGUUCACGAGGAAGUAGACGGACAUGAUUCACGUUUGGACUUGAUCUGCCAUGCACAUGUAUUUAGCGCAUAGUCUUUUUAGGUGUAAAGCUUCACAUACUCCACAUAUUGGCGCUCGUGAAACAGGGCGGCUACGGAUGGACCCGUGGCACAGUGGUAGCGCGUGAGAUUCCAGAGCUUUGGCUUACAUCCUCAAGGUCAUCCGUUCAAUCCGGGUCGGGUUCACAUUUUUGAGUCAGGGGAGGAUGUGCGGGAGGGGCAGAAUUU